AUGUCUCAAUUCCACUCCUUUCUCAUAUUUGCCGGCGUUCUCUUUCACGUUGCAUAUGGUUAUGUUGAUUUCGGGUCCUUGACUCUCCCCAUUGAAGCCUUCUACCAACCCACUCCAAGACCAAACCAGUUGGCUGGUGGAUUUGAUCUCCGCUAUGAGGUUCUUCCGUCCAUGAUCACGGCGGUUGCACCGUCAGUCACGAUCGCGGCCAAUGGAACCCACCAAACGAUGUACAGCCUUCAUUACCAUCACUACUUCAGCAAGACACGGCAGGGCAGAGGGGUUUUCGACAAGCGUGGAGUGUUUGCAGGCGACCCUCCCAUCGCAACAUGCACUCCUUGUGGCGGAGGAAGUGUUACCUCUACUCCUUCUGGCACGACCACGUCUACUUUGCCAUGCACAACCCAUACAUAUCAUGUGAAUCUGUUCCCGACCGUAUCUCCAGGCGGUGAGACUGACUGUGCUCUUCAGGGCGUCUUCGAUUUCCCCCCACAGACGACAACUGCAUCAUGCUACGACACGAACUACAGCGGCGUCUUCCAAUCGAGCACCUCGUCAUCUAGUGGCCUACCGUGCUGUUUCACGAUCCCUGCGUCAUGUCGAAUGAAUAGCACAAUGAGCAGCACCACCAGCACCUCGUUCAUGGCCUCGACUGGAGUCUUCAGAUCGACAUCCACGUCUACGACAACAUCGCUUAGCUCCACAACUACAAGCUCCAGAUCUUCCCUGACCAUACCAAGCAGCACCAGUGGAAUCUCCUCCCAAUCCCAGGGCCCUAUACUCAACAGCGCAAGCUCCUCGACGUCUACAAGAAUCACAGUCACCGUUAUCAGUGGAACUACCGUGGUCAUGACGACUACGUCCAGCUCAACGUCGAAGUUGACACCUACCACAAGCAUGGCAAGUUCUUCGGUGGUUUCCAGCCAGCCGUAUACCUCUCCUUCACUCUCAAGCUCCUCGACCAGCACCACCAGCCUGUCAAUCAUCGUCAUUUCAAGCACCACAAUCGCAAUUACAAAUUCUGGCACCACCAGUUCAACAGUUGUAAGCGGAUCAUCUUCCUUGUCCACGUUAACCAUAAUCACCGGCACCGUGUCGAGCGCGUCGACCACUUCUUCUUCAGUCUCGCUCAUCACGACAGCAGUGCCAAACACCAUCAUAGGAUGCGGGCAAGCUUCCGGUAGUGGUAUCGUCAUGGGCACAGGCACGGUAUACCUAGGAGGCACACCGAUAGUCACCUCGGGAACCGCCAGUGGCUAUGCGAACAAUGUCUCUGGCUGCGGCACCAUCAUCGCCACGUCAGGCACGUUCACGGGGUCCGCUGAGAUCACGGGCUGCGGUUCGGGCUCCGGCACUGGUACAUUGACUGGCACAGGAACCGUCUGGCCGGCUUAUGGAGGGGGACUGAUCUCGCUGGUCACCUCGGGCACGGUCAGCGGCACUGGCAACUUCAGCGGCUGCGGGAUCCUGACCGGUUCCGGCACCUUCGUGGCAACGACAGGUUCACCCGUCGUGAUCUCGCCCUCGACCACGCCGACCCCGACUUCCAGACUGACCAAGACCGUCAGCGUGUAUCUCUCCUACUGUCCGGACCCCAUGGGCGUGAACGACAUGCUGCGCCUUGCCGGCGGCAGCGGCGGCGGGGUGAGCUCCAACAUGACGUCUUCGAGUCCGAGCGGCGCAUAUCCCAACUCUACCGCCCCCUAUUCGUCUUUGCACUCGAAUUCGACCCUCUCCACGAGCAACUCCACCGGUCCCAACCCGCUGUGCCAGACGUGCCCCAACUCGGUGGGGAUCUGCUGUCCGCCGACCGUGCACUGCUCGGCGGACGACGGCAAGUGCCCGCUCUACGCGCUGGAGAACUCGGGCAACACCAUCAACGGGUACCUGAUCGCGCAGGUGAUGAACAGCUCGGCGCCCGUGGCGGGACGCAAGAAGGUCCGGGCGCUGGAGAAGAAGACGAACCACAACAACGCCUGGCGAGGUGAGGAGAGUCACGACGCCACAGCACCGCUGAAGGGGUUUGGGGGCAGGGACUUGCUGGAUCUGGAGGCCGGGGUGGAGAGGCAGUUGCAGAGGCACAGAGAGAGGAAGAGGGCUCAUAAGAAACAGUUCUAG